GUUGUAAUAUACAGGGGCUACAGUAAGCGACCACACGUAGAACCACGAAAAAACUCAGCCCUUGCGGCUUGGAGCCUCUUAGUUAGUCAGAAUCGAAUACAUCGAAUUUACAUCAAUGAAAGCUGGAGUAUGGAGGUAUAUUGACCCGAACAAUAUUGAUCCUCCUAUUCUAGAGCCACCCACUCAUCCUGCCCCUGGCUUUGUGCGCGCCGCAGCACAGGCAGGCCAAGGGUUUGCAACAUCUUCAUCUUCGCAGCAAGCACCCGCAGGUGUGGCAACAAGAGGGCGAUCCUCUGCACAGCAACCUCAGCAGUCUGUCGAAGACCAACAACAACUUUCCUCGCAACUGAUGCCAAUCACAUAUGCGAGUUUGACCGAAGAUCAAAAAGAAGAAAUUCGGAUCCUAAAAGACGAUUACCAACAUGAUCGUAAGAUGUGGGAGAAACAAGAGGAAGCCGUCCAAGGCAUCCGCGCAAAAUACAAGAGUCAAAUCAAACGGGACUUCCUCCCGUAUACAUAUGGCUGUGAUUCAGCACACGCGAUGCUUGUGAAUCUGAAAACACGCUUCGCACCUACCGACCGUGGUAGAAUCGAAGAAUGGAAGAGUGAGUGGAGAACAUUGCAAAAGAUACCAAAGGGGUCAACUGUCGAUGAUUGACUGUCGCAAGCUACAAGUUGCCCCAUUCAUUGGACAUACACCGAUCUGUCGCAAGCUACAAGUUGCCGAAUUCAUUGGACAUACACCGAUCUUUGACUUUUUAGGUGCAAUCUCUUCCUCGUCACCACCAUUUGUCAGUAUCUUGGAUAUGAGACUCAUCCACAAGUCAACAACAUAUUCUCUCACGGGGAGCAUGGAGUCUUCGCAACAAUGGAUAAUAGUGGAGAAAGUAGUGAUGGAGUCUUUGCAGCAACAGACGGCAAUGACAAUGAACCUGCACACUACAAGGCUGCACAAAUAGAAAUACUUCUGCUAGACGAUGUCCAUGUGGAUCAAAACACAAAUGGAGAGAUUAUUAUUAUAUUGUUGAAUCAAAAAGACACAGUGGAUGGAAACCUAAAAAAGAAACUGAGAUGAAAGUGUGGAACUACAUUGCAGAAAGACCAUCUUUCCAGUCUAUAAUUUCCAACUACUUGAGCAAGAAUGGAUCAGGGGACAACAGUCUGCAAGACAGUACAACCUUGAUUCUGGAGCCACGGUGCACAUCUGCAAUGACCUAGCAAAAUUCCACAAAUUCAAAAAGUGUGAUAGUGAAAAAUAUCUCCUCGCAGGAGAUCAACG